GGAAGGACGCGGCGGGCCACGUGGUAGGUGCCGGGCGUCCGGGCAGCUGCUCCGUCCCGCGUGGUGGCCGCUUGCGCCGGCCUCGGGGGCGCUCGGCGGCCGGGGACCGCCGGCAGGGGAUCCCUUACCUGGGGCCGGCCUGCAGGCGAGCCCCCACCCAGGGCCGGUCCCUAGUGACCCCUUACCUGGGGCCGGCCUGCAGGCGAGCCCCGACCCAGGGCCGAUCCCGAGCCCCUUACCUGGGGCCGGCCUGCAGUAGGGUGAAGGAUAACCUGCUGAAUGUAAGCGCCCCUCAUCCGACGUUCGCUCCUUCUUACCUAUUGAGAGUAAGUUCUGAAGAUAAAGUAUAGCAAUGGCUGCUAUUUAUUCUGGCAUUUCCCUGAAGCUUAAAAGCAACACAACUUCCUGGGAAAAUAAGCUGAAACUAGCUCACUUUGCUUGGAUUUCCCACCAGUGUGUUCUUCCAAACAAAGAACAAGUAUUACUUGAUUGGGCAAGACAGUCAUUGGUUGCAUUUUAUAAGAAAAAACUUGAACUGCAGGAAGACAUUGUUGAAAGGCUUUGGAUCUAUAUAGAUAACAUUCUACGUAGCAAAAAAUUACAGAAUCUCCUCAAGAAUGGGAAGAUAAUUAAUCUGCAGAUUUCCCUUGUUAAGAUCAUAAAUGAGAGAAUAGCCGAGUUCUCUCUUCCGGGAUCCCUGAGAAACAUUCAUGCUGUGCUGAGCUGCUGCCAGACCAUCCUCUCGACUCCCGCCCUUGCUGCCACCUACACGGCCAGGCAGGAGCUGACAGUGGCUUUGCUGAGCCAGCUGUGCUGGCUGGCCUGUCAGCAGCCAGAAGGAGCCGUGGCAGCCGUGUUAUUCGAGGUCAUCCACCUGGCCCUUGGCCGUUACCUCUCCAUCCAGCAGCAGCAGGUCAACCCAAGACGUGCCUUCGGGGAGGUGACUGGACACCUGCUCCAGCCCUGCCUGGUCCUGAGGCACUUACUCUUGGGCGGCAUGUGGACGCAGGCCGGCCAGGGUCAGCUGCGGCAGGGGCUGAGCCGGGAUGUCAGGAGCCAGAUCGAGGCCAUGCUCAGAGGUGGCGUUUUUCAGCCUGAGCUGCUGUCAUCCUACAAAGAGGAGCUCUUGGACCAGCAGCAAGGUGACGCGAAGAUGGGGGUCAUGAAGAAUCUGUUAGCGCCCAUGGACACUGUGAUCGCCCGGCUGGUGGACGCCGGCCACUGUGAGCCAUCCCUUCAUGCCGCCGUUGUCGCCAGCUCCGUGGCCUUGCUGUAUAAGCUCUUUCUGGAUUCUUACUUCAAGGAGGGAGCCCAGCUCCUCUGCUUCCAGGCGCUCCCCAGGCUGUUUGGCUGCUUAAGAAUCUGGCACCUGCCGGAGGGGCAGAUGCAAGCCCUCUCUGCCUCCGACUGGACGGCGGAGCUCCUGGUCGUGGAACAGCUGCUGACCUCCGUGGCCGACAGCAAUGUCUACAACAUAGCUGCCGACAGGAUCCGGCACGGUGAGGCUCAGUUCCGCUUCUACCGCCGUUUGGCCGAACUGCUGAUAAACCACCCACAGGCCCCCGUGCCCGCCUGGUUCCGCUGCCUGAAGAUCUUGAUGUCUCUGAAUCAUUUGAUUUUGGAGCCGGACCUGGACGACUUGUUGGCUUCCGCCUGGAUCGAUGCUGAAGUAACAGAGUUCCGAACCAAAAGAGCCCAGGAGGCACUCAUCGGCACUCUCUUCCAGACAUAUGUCAAGCUCAGACAGGUGCCGCGGCUGUUCGAGGAGAUUUUGGGGGUGAUCUGUUGUCCGGCCGCCGAGUCACUAAGGCAGCCUGUGCUGGCCUCAGGCCCCUCUGCGGCACUCCGCCAGUGCCUCCUGGAGUUGUCUCCGAGUCAGGUCUUAGACACGUGGACCCUUGUGCUGGACAAAUUCCAGACUCUGGUUUUGCCUCAUUUGCGGGGUGACACUGACAUGGCGCUGAAGUCUCUGUCCCUGAGCUCACUGCUGCACUGCAUCCUGUUCAACAUGAGGAGCCUGGACAGCAGCACGCCCCUGCCCGUUGUCAGACGGACUCAGCGUACCAUGGAGGGGAUGCUCCGAGAGCUGGUGAGGCCCCUGCUGGCGCUCCUCCUAGACCCCCGGGGCCCAGAGCUGGAGCUGUGGCUGCAGAAGGUCGGUGACUCUGUGCUCCUGCUCUCUCACACCUGGGCCCAGGUGGACGCCAUGCUCAGUUUAAACUGUAGCCAGUACCAGUCUGUGUCUGGGACCCUUGCAGGUGGUGCUCUAGAGACCUCAAGCCUCCCUUUACCGCUCCCAGGUGUAGAGGCACAACACUGGAAGAAGAUAGAGAAGUUAACAGCUCGGUUUGACUCUCUCGGCAGGUACUGCUUAGAACAGCUCUAUCUGCAGAAAAUGAAGAGGACUUUAAUGCAAACUGGUUUCCAGUCUGAAGAAGCCCUCCGCACUUUGAGGUGUGAUGCUGCGUACAUACUUGGUUCUGGCAGAAAACGCCUGGACCAGAGGGUGACAGCCUCCUGGGACGGUCAGGUGGGGACAGUGAAUGCACUCACGUACCCUGUAGCACACUGGCACCUGAUCGUAUCAAACCUCACAAUUUUACUACCCUAUCUUUGUGCAGAUGAUGUACGAUACCUGGCCAGUGUCCUGCUGAGAACUUUACCAAUGAGUAGAGCCCAGGAAUUCUCAGCAGGCGAAGAACCAAACAUCACACUUGAGAAAGCCUCCCAGGCGGUCCUUCACAGCCCUUUCUUUCCAGAAAUGCAGGCCCUUCAUUCUGCUUUCUUAACGUGCAUGGCUGCACGAUGUGCUGAUGUUCUGUGUUCUGGCAUCCAAAGUGACUCGGGUCUUCUCCGUCAGCAGCUACCCUGGCUUUUUGAAAAGGGCUGCAUGGCUGUGACUCAGUGCGAAAAGAGAUUUGCAGAAGUGGGACCUGCAGGUGCAGAACUAAGAGGAGAAAUUGCCCGAAACUUACUGUCUUUGGUCAAGAGCGACUUCCCCAUCCAGCUGGAGGGAGAACAGUUAGAAAGCAUCCUGGGGCUUUUGGACAUUGUUUCUGCUCUACGCCUGGACAGCCUCUUGACUCCUCAUCACGUGCAUUAUUUUCUUCUCUUACUGGCUAUGGCCAUCUCCACGCUAGGGAGCUCAUGCUCCUCUUCACUGACGCUCAAGUUUUUGACAACUUGCUACUGGCUUCUUGGCUAUCUGCAAAGAGGAAGAAGUGCCCGAGCAGUGCUCAAGGUCAUGUAUGCUAGUGAUAUUUUUGAGAUCGUACUGACCUCAUUGCUCAAAGCCAGUAGUAGAUUUCUUACUGACCUGGAUGACCCUUGUUGGCUGGAAUUCCUGCAAGUGGUAGGGACCUUUUUAGAACAGCUAAUGCAGAUGCUAAUUCAGGUGAAGCUCAGCCUGGUGCUCAAUUUUGGGAAAAUCAUCGCCUUCCUCUCAAGGACAGACACUGAAGCCACAUCAGGCACACAGCUGGAAAAUGAGAAUCCUCCGGGCCAGCAACUCCUUCUGGUAUCUUUAACCAAGUUGUGCCAAGUCCUGGGGCCUGUCGUCAGGAAGCGGAAGCAGCAGCACGAGGCCCCGGACGCACUGCCUGAGCUGCUGCGGCAGGCCGUCCUCCAGAUGGGAGGCGUGCUCCAGCUCUGCUUGGCCCGCGGGGCCCCCAGUGGGUGCCUUCCCGCCGCCUUUGUCUUGUCGGUCAGCACGCUCUUGGAAGCAGACGUGGGCCAGGGCUGCGGGCAUAGAGGAACGGAGAUUUCCCAAGUGACAGACGGGGUGCAGCUCUCCCGUACCGCCCUCUACCAGGGAGUUUACUCUCGGAUCCUGUCGGAGCUGCCAGUUCUGGCAGAAAGCACUCCAUCUUUCCAGGCAGCCAUGGAGUUUUUAACUCAAUUUCUUUUGGCCCCAGACCUGCACCCCAAGAAGGAGUCUGUGUUUGCCUCCAUGUUUCAUUCUAUGAGAAAAGUUCUUGCAGAUCCUGCAAUUCCGAGUCAGGUAUUUCAGGACAUCAAGCCUCAUCUGAGAGUCCUCGUCACCCACAUGUUAGAGGUCGGGACGACAGAGGACUUCAGGGUGGUGAUGCGAAGCAUCCUCCAAGGGCUGGACGUCAGCAACGCGUGGAAGGCAGAUCUGCCGGCCAUCCUGUCGGCCGUCACUCUGACCAAGCUGCUGCUGAGCUGCCCGCUGGAUGGAGAGAACGCACGUCUGUUCUGGCAGGCAUGCCCCCAGGUCAUCACUGCUCUAACUCUGCAAAGCCGUGAGGCUUGUCGGGAGCAGCCCGCGGCCCUGGGGGUGGUUGGGCCCAUUCUGGACGUCCUGGCGGUGCUGCUGUGGCGGGGGGAGCAGACCAUCAGCAACCCGCACCACGUCAGCCUCGCCUUCAGUGUCUUGCUCACGGUCCCCUUGGACCACCUGAAGCCCCCCGAGUAUGGGAGCAUCUUCCUGAAGGUGCACAGCGUCCUCUUCUCCAUCCUGCAGUGCCACCCGAAGGUAAUGCUGAGAGCCAGCCCAUCUUUCCUGAGCUGUUUUAAUAGAUUGGUGUUUUCAGUUAUGCAUGAAGGGCGGCAGAAAGAUAAAGGCAGCACAGAUGACCUGCCGGUGGUCCUCGAGUGCGCCCGCCUGGUGGCAAGGAUGUACAGCCACAUCGCACUUCAGGUCGAGGAGCUCACGGUGUUCUCACCCUUCUUGGUGGCCCAGUACGUGUCGGAGGUGCAGAAGGUCACCUUGUACCCGGCAGUGAAAAGCCUCCUGCAGGAGGGCAUUUACCUCCUCUUGGAUCUCUGCAUCGAGUCAGACGUGCAGUUCCUGCGGGCGUCCCUGCAGCCAGGGGCGAGGGAUGUCUUUAAGGAGCUGCACAGCGACUACCUGAAGCACCACAGGGGGAAACACGAAGGAGAGCCGAGGUACACUGUCUGAGCCGGCGUCAGGAAGCACAGCCCCUCGCCUGGAAGAUUCCGGGUGUUCCGAUCCGCGAUUCCAGACACGGGACAAACCUCUGGAGUCAAAUAAUACAUACUGUAUUUUACAGUCAGGUUUUUUUCACACUGAGUCUUUUUUAAUGUAACUUUUUAUUCAAUAAGCAUUGUAAUAGAAGCUUGAAAUUGGACCCCGGAAUGAAUGAAUUCGGUAAAAAAUUGCUGGAUCUGUGUUGUGGCCAUUCCAAAUGCAGUUCCUGGUCCUAGUGUUUCAGCCAGGACAUUUGAUGGGUGUCUCUUGUCCCUGUGGGGAACUGUCUAGAACUUGUUUUUUACUUCAGGUACACAGUUAUCUGACUAAGUCCCAUUUAAAUAUCUUUGCCUUUUAUAUUCUUCAAGUAAUGUGGGCAGUAUUCUUGAAAUGCACCGUCUCUGCCUUCCCUCCUAAUGGGUCCUGAUGGGUCGGGGGGUCAGAGCUCACCCCAGCGUGGCUCAGGUGCCCCCUCCGGGUGGGGACAGCAGCCCCUUUAUGUGGGUAGGCAUUCCUUCUGUGUCAGUUCUCAUGUUUAUUUUGGAUUUUUUUUCCCUAGUCAGUCAGAAAUAUUCUUGCUUUUUUCUUACUACCUAAACAAUGUAUUUCGCUGUAACAACUUCAGGAAAUAAAAAUAAAAGGGAAAAAAAAUUAUAAAAA